GAAAGGUGGGGCGAGUGUUUAUGCAGGCGGCAAUAGCGGAAGCCAAGACAAAAAGAACGCAAGAAUGAACCUCACAGGUUCUGCAAGUUGUCCUUUUUCCCUUAGCCUUUCCAAACUGGGAGCUCAAAAAUCUGAGAUCUCCCUCGCCUGGAACUACUCUGCAUUGACCAACUCCUGUGCAACUCCUCACACCACAUCUCUGUCGUGCCGCCCAUGCCCGUCGACAGCAGCCGGAGUUUCCUCGUUGCCGAUAGCAGAGCGAUGUUCGUCUGUUGCCCCUAGGUCCGCAGAAGGCAUCGAUGAACACCAGCUCAUUGAUGAUUUCCCCUAUCGGAGACACACCCCAUUCACCAAAGGCCUUCACUUUGCUUCACUACAAUGUGGUUAUGAAUUAACAUCAUAUAACAGGAUGCGAGCAUCGUUUGGUUUUUGCACGGCCCAUGUUUGGCAGUGCAAGGUAAAAAGACAACAACACUUUCAUAUCAAUGUUCAUACACUAUUACAAUCUAUUACAUACUAUUACUAUAAUUGCGGUAUUAUUCUGAUUAUUUAAUACCCGUUUCUUGGGUUUCUGUAUCACAAAUUUGAACCUUUCCCCUACACACUAUCAACUGGUAUGAGCCCCUUGGUGGAUCCCGUUGCGGGGGGGUCCUGAUUUGCUAGUUUUCCUUCCCUUUUUGAGAGGUUGCAACAAGCUGAACCGAUUUUAAAACUCAGGCUCCUUUAAAGUUUUAAAGAGAACCCCCUUGGAUGAAAACGGGAUGAAAGCACCAGGGCCGAAGUCGAAGAAGAACAGGAUCCAUGUUUCGAUUCGGGUCCUCCUUCACUAAACCGACGCCUGCCCAUGGUUCCACGAUGUUUCGAUCCUCAUGCCGGCCCGGCUCGGUGUUGAUCCUCAGGUGAGCCGCGGCGUGGCCCUCUUGAGCGCCGCCACGAAGCCUUCCGCCUUGGUCUCGAAGCUCUUCGCGCGUCAGGUCUCCAGAACCACUGGAACGCCCGUGCGCUUCGUGGUGCGUAUGGCUCCUCUGGACGUGGUCUGUUCACCACACCUCAAAAAUUUCCAGGCCGCUGCAGAAGCGGAGCUUCCGAAGCUGCUGGAGGGCGCCCGAGAAGGUGCUGGAUGGUACUGCUCCUUCCACAGCCGGGCCAUGGGCACCAUCAAGCGCGAGGACGCCAUGCAGGUCUUAAAGCAGGUGAUGGCUCCCCUGAAGUUGGAGCUGUCGGUGUCCGAGGCGGAGUAUAUGAUCCUCAUAGAGGUGAAUCCAAUCCUUUGCGGCUUUGCGGUGCUGAAGGAUUAUGAAGGACAGCUUCAUGAGUGUCACUUGCAGAACGCUUCGGAAGCCUUCGAACACGACGCCGCCAGCGAGCCCCUGUCGGACGACGAGGGCUCCGAGAGUGAAGCGCCCGACGAGCCCGACGAGCCUGCCCGGGCUGAGGAGACCCAUGAGGCUGAGUAGC